AUGGUGAGGAAGCCGGCCGUGGCCACCCUCUCCAAGGGCGGCUGCCUGCCGUCGGCGGGGCCCCCCCGGGCGCGCCCCGGGCGGGCGCCGGCGGCCGCGGUGCUGCGGAAGAAGAUCACGCUGCUGCGGGGGGUGUCCAUCAUCAUCGGCACCGUCAUCGGCGGCGGCAUCUUCAUCGCGCCCACGGGCGUGCUGCGCAACACGGGCAGCGUGGGCCUGGCGCUCGCCGUGUGGACCGGCUGCGGGCUGCUCUCGCUCUUCGGUGGCUCAGGAGCACUGUCCUAUGCGGAGCUGGGAACAAGCAUCAAGAAGUCAGGUGGCCAUUACACGUACAUUCUGGAAGUCUUUGGCCCGUUGCUGGCUUUUGUGCGCGUCUGGGUAGAACUGCUCAUCAUACGGCCCGCAGCAACCGCUGUGAUAUCCCUGGCAUUUGGACGCUACAUUCUGGAACCAUUUUUCGUCCACUGUGAUAUUCCUGAACUUGCGAUCAAGCUCAUGACGGCAGUGGGAAUAACCGCCGUGAUGGUCCUCAACAGCAUGAGCGUCAGCUGGAGCGCCCGCCUCCAGAUCGGCCUCACCGUCUGCAAGCUCACCGCCAUCCUCUUCAUCAUCAUCCCCGGGGUGAUACAGUUAGCGAAAGGGCACACAGAGCACUUCAAAGACCCCUUUUCAGGAAGAGAUGCAAGCAUUAUGGGCUUGCCCCUGGCUUUUUACUAUGGAAUGUAUUCAUACGCUGGCUGGUUUUACCUCAAUUUUCUCACUGAAGAAGUAGAAAAUCCUGAAAGAACCAUCCCGCUGGCCAUCUGCAUCUCCAUGGGCAUCGUGACCGUGGGCUACGUGCUCACCAACGUGGCCUACUUCUCCACGCUCAGCGUGCACGACCUGCUGCUCUCCAAGGCCGUCGCCGUGACCUUUGCGGAGCGUUUGCUGGGGAAUUUCUCAUUAGCAGUUCCCAUCUUUGUUGCCCUCUCCUGCUUUGGUUCCAUGAACGGUGGUGUGUUUGCGGUCUCCAGGCUCUUCUACGUCGCGUCUCGAGAGGGCCACCUUCCGGAGAUCCUCUCCAUGAUCCACAUCCGCAAGCACACGCCCCUGCCCGCCGUCAUCGUCCUGCAUCCUUUGACGAUAAUCAUGCUAUUUUCUGGAGACCUCGACAGUCUUUUGAAUUUCCUCAGUUUUGCCAGGUGGCUUUUUAUUGGGCUGGCAGUGGCCGGCUUGAUUUAUCUUCGAUACAAACGCCCGGAUAUGCAUCGUCCUUUCAAGGUGCCGCUGUUCAUCCCGGCCGUGUUCUCCUUCACCUGCCUCUUCAUGGUCGCCCUCUCCCUGUACUCGAACCCGUUCAGCACCGGCGUCGGCUUCGUCAUCGCGCUCACCGGGGUGCCCGCCUACUAUCUCUUCGUCGUGUGGGACGAGAAGCCCCGGUGGUUUCGGCGAGCGUCAGAUAGAGUAACCAGGACAUUACAGAUAAUACUGGAAGUUGUACCAGAAGAAGAUAGUCAGAAAUUGUGAACUCAUGCACUGAUAUCUUAGCAAUCUGCCAGAACAGAAAGGAAAUAUGGAUCUAGACUUCAUUUUCUGGAAAUCCAGAGAAAUGCAACUAUGUCGACGGACAGAAAGAAUCAGUUAUUUCAUGUCUUCCAGUUUAUUCCGGCGAAUCUCUGAGAAAUCUAGCUUGAACUCUGUGAAAUCGAAUAUGCAGAUUGUAAUUGGAGUUCACCCUCGCUCUUUUGUGUCCGAUACUUACCUGCUGGG